AUGUCAAGAGAUGAAAGAUGUUUCAGGCUGUGGUUGAAUAGCCUUGGGAUUUCUUCUUAUGUCAACAAUCUGUUUGAGGAUGUCAGAAAUGGAUGGACGCUUCUGGAAGCUGUAGAUAAAGUUUCUGUGGGGUCCGUUAACUGGAAACAUGCAACUAAACCUCCUAUUAAGAUGCCGUUCAGGAAAGUUGAGAAUUGCAAUCAGGGAAUAAGAAACUCAUACUUGCUGAUGAGGUUUAACAUGCUUCAGCUUUUGAAGAACUUGAGAUCCCACUCUAAUGGGAUUGGGAAGGAGAUGACCGAUUCUGAUAUUUUGAAAUGGGCAAAUAGAAAAGUCAAAAGCACCGCAAGACUUUCUCAAAUGGAUAGCUUUAAGGAUAAGAGCCUUUCAAAUGGAAUAUUCUUCCUUGAGCUUCUGAGUGCAGUGGAGCCGAGGGUGGUCAACUGGAACCUCGUGACCAAGGGCGCAAGUGAUAAGGAGAAGAAGUUGAAUGCAACUUACAUAAUCAGUGUGGCAAGAAAGCUGGGGUGUUCACUGUUCUUGUUGCCUGAAGAUAUAAUGGAGGUGAAUCAGAAGAUGAUACUUAUGUUAACAGCAAGCAUUAUGUAUUGGAGCCUUCAGCAAUCUACAGAUGACUCAGAAUCAUCUCCUUCUCCUUCUCCUUCUCCUUCUCCUUCUCCUUCAUCGGUUUCAGCAACUCCAGAAGCUUCACCAGCACCUUCUGUCAAUGGUGAUGAAGACAACUCCAUCUCCAUCACUGCCACUGCUGCUGAAAUCUUCAACUUAUCCAUUGAUGAUCCAGCUUCUGAUACCACAGUCUCUUCUACUCAAGAAAACAACAAUGAUGCUGGUUUACAGUGAUUAAUACCAUACUUUUUUUUUUUUUAUUAUCAUUAUUAUUUGUAAGUAAAAGAAAAAGGGAAAGGGGGCAAGAGACAGAAAGAGAGAGUAUACAUAAAUUGGAUAAAAGAAAGGGAACUAUAGGUAGAGAACAUAUGAAUGCAUACUGGAGAUGGAGAGAGAUAGAUAUGUUGAUGUUUUUUUUUCUUGCUCUGAUAAAAGUUUUUUGAUAUUGUUUUGUUUUAUUGAAAUAAGUUGUACAUUCCCUUCUUUCUGAUGUAUAAGUUAUGAUUCACGUUCCAUUUUUUAUUUGUUUAGAUCGAUCCAUAUUCAUAUAAUGAGACACAUAUAAAGAGACAAUCACAUGUGUUGAUCUAU